CCCAUGCAGGCAAUGAUGGCGUGCCCCCUGGAGCAGGCGCUGGCUGUGAUGGUCUCCACCUUCCAUAAAUACUCAGGGAAGGAAGGGGAUAAAUACAAGCUGAGCAAAGCGGAGCUGAAGGAGCUGCUGACCAAGGAGCUGCCUGCUUUUGGGACCAAGCAGAUGGAUGAGGGUGAGUUCCGUCGCCUGAUGAACGACCUGGACCACGACAAGGACAGCGAGGUGGACUUCAAGGAAUACGCCUGCUUCCUGGCCUGCGUGGCCAUGGGGUACAACGAGUUCUUCCGUGAUGCCCAAAGGCCCCGCAAGAAGGUCUAUAAAGCAGCACAUCCCAUUGCAUUGCCCCCACCCACCCGGCCUGGAUCGCUGUGCUCCAGCUCUUGGCUCUGCCCUCAGCUUCCAUCAGUGCCCCCAGACCCCCCCGUUGUUCCCAUGGCGUGCCCCCUGGAGCAGGCUCUGUCUGUGAUGGUCUCCACCUUCCAUAAAUACUCGGGGAAGGAAGGGGAUAAAUUCAAGCUGAGCAAAGCGGAGCUAAAGGAGCUGCUCACCAAGGAGCUGCCCAGCUUUAUCAGCAAACGCACGGAUGAAGCCGGAUUCCAGAAGCUGAUGAGUAACCUGGACAGCAAUAGGGACAGCGAGGUGGACUUCCAUGAGUAUGCCACCUUCCUGGCCUGCGUGGCCGUGAUGUGCAACGACUUCUUCCAGGAGUACCCCGAUAAAAUGCCCCGCAAGAAGUGAGCAAAGGGGGGUCAGCCAGGCUGCGUCACCCCACCAGCUGCAAACUGAAUGCUCUGCCAAUAAAGAUUGCUCCAAAGCCUC